UCUUUUCAGCGAGUUGUAUCGUAGGUAUCUGCUAAAAUUUAAAAAUAGACAUUAUCAUAUUGUAAUUAAAAUGGAAGUUAAACAAAUCAGAGGCGUCCAAUUAUGCAUUUUAUGCGCGUAGACCGUCAAGCUACACGAGAUAGACUGCAAUGUAACCAUUGAAUUAUGUUUAAUUUCAGAGACAUGAUAUAAUGAAUUCACUGAUGAGGAUAAAUUACAGAUUAAACCUAGCAGCCUUUUUUUUUUUUUUUGAAUUAAACCUAGCAGCCAUUGAAGGAGAAACCCAAUGGAAAGUGACUUCUACCUUUGCAAAAAAGGAACAGAGCCCCCACCAAUCAUUGAAGGAAUGGUUUUAGAGAAAAAUGUGCUAGUAAGUACCGCGCAAAGAUUUCAUUUUUCUUAAGUUGCAAGAAAGAAAGGAUCAGAUAGCAAAGACAUUUUACUCUUUCCUACUCAAGAGCUGUGGUACCCAGAAUUUGCAUCUGUAGUGAAACUGUUUGUGUAAAUAUGGAAAGUAAUAAGAGGAGGUAACUUGGGGGAGCGUUUCUAUUGGUUGCAAGGAUCGGGGGAUGAGUUUGUGUUUGUAGGGAUGUGCUUCAUAUUCUCGUAUUAAGGCCUUGUCUGCUGUGGAAAGGAAACUCGAAAUGAAAUUGUGAAACCGAGGCUUUUGCUUCCCCAGUCACCCUCAUCUCCGCCAAUAUGAACAUGCCACGUAUGCCAAACACCGACACCGAGUAUUCGGAGCUGUGACACACACCUGGCCAACUUACCCUCAUGCAACCUCAUGUGAUGAUGGCUUGGAAGCAGCAGACAUUUCCAAGAUUGGCUCUCAUAUAUCAUGUGCAUCUCGAUACUAACUUCAACCCAACGCUCAAUAGUCAAUAUAACUCUUUCUCCACCUCUUGACCUUGUCUUCACUUCGCUCCCUGAGAUAGAAUUGCUUCUCAGGGCUGUUGAUUGGGGCAGAUGCAGUCUGCUGAAGGUAGAGGAGGUGAUCAUGGAGGGUAGUGGGUGGAAGCCUAAUAUAGAGAUAUCACCGAACUGUCCCAGGUGUGGGUCUUGCAACACCAAGUUCUGCUACUACAAUAACUACAGCUUAACUCAACCUCGCUACUUCUGCAAGGGCUGCAGAAGGUACUGGACCAAAGGAGGAUCGCUCCGCAAUGUUCCCGUCGGCGGUGGCUGCCGGAAGAACAGGCGUGGCAGUAAGACCUCCUUCAGACAAUCAUCCAUGGAUGCUCUUCCUCCCAAGAUUUCACCUCAUGAUAAUUGUGAUCCUUCAACAAAUCCAUCUUCAUGUGGCUCCUCGGGGCUGUCUGAUGCUCCAAAAAUUGAUCUUGCACUUGUUUAUGCGAAUUUCCUCAAUCAAAAGCCGGAUUCACCAGCACCAAGCGUAGAAGUUGUGGGUUUGCCCCGAGAUGAUCAACUUGGUGUUAGUGGGUACUUGACAGAAUCCCAGCUGAGUGAGAGCAACCAAAUGUACCUGUGCGGGUUCAACUCUGUGCCGCAAAAUCAGGCAGAUCAUGGAAUUGAUCAGCGUUGUAAUAGACAUGAUGCUAUGAAUUUUGAGUUGCCACCAUUGCCAGGUGAAGAGGCAGCCUUCAAUGAUAUGAUGUGGUCCAAAUCUGGCCCGCACUCCUCACAGCCCCCUCUUUUUGGUGUUGAUGCUCAUCACGCCGACUUCUUAUUGGACAAUUGGAGCCCCUUCGAUUUAUCCAGGCCUUAGACACAAACUGUUUCCCUUCAUUGUUACCCUUGUUCUGCUUUUUAAUAUGUAUAUGAUGAAUGCAUCAUGUGUAAUUCAAAGACGUAAACAGACACAGUACCUCUUCGGUGCUAGCCACAUAUAUAUGGGGAACCUCUGUUCUGAUAAGCUCUAAGAGCUCUUGAACACAUUUUCUCUAUGUACCUCAGUUUUGUCUUGUACUUUCUGGUGUUUCAUGAUUCUGGGGACAAAGCAUUUCUUCAUGUUCACUAGUUGAAGUUUUUUUAUACCA